UAAAAAUAAAUUACGUUUGUAUGAAGAUUGGCGCUGGCCCAUGCACAUCAUAUAUUUUCAUUAUCAAAACAGAGACAGAGCCGAAGUCGCCGGUUGGCAGCAGGGGGUAAGGGGAUAUAUCUCCGAAUCGGCGGCGGCAAAAAAAAAUAAAGGAUAUACGAAAAAAUAGAAAAAAAAACCUAAAGAAAAAUACGAACGAACGCCAGCUGUUUGAUGCGAUUAGAAUGGAGAGAAUGAAAAACAACAUUUUCCAGCAUCCGUUUACAGGGCAGAGCGAAUUUCCCUUUAGUCAUGCUAAAAGUCAUGCUCUCUGUCUCUCUGAGAACUUCCCGCCUUUGCAGAGCCUUUCGGCAUUUGCCAUCUCUCCUCUUCGUUCGUUUUCACAGCUCAGCUCGGCUAGACUUCGGCUUUUUGGUUUUUCGGGAUUUCGAGCUCGUGUACGACUCUCUAUUUAAAAGAGAAGUUGCGCACGUUGCGGCAGUCAGUCGAAAAUCAGCCAACGUGCGCGUUACAUUACGAAACGGAAAAUAACGACGCUGCACCAUACUCGAGUUUGCCACAAACACACAGACGCAGACACACUCGUACACACACACACACUGGCCCAUGGAAAAGUGGGUUCAAUCGAAAAUAAAACAACAAGAAAAGAAGAAGUGAUAAUAGAAUUCGCGCCCGCAGCUAAAUUGAAAUUAAUCAAAGGUUCCUACAAGACGCGACGUGUAAUAAAAAGUAAAACCUUCGGAAAGCUAAAAUAUUUGAAAAUUGGAAAAAUAUAUAUAAAAAAAAAAUAUAUAGAGAGAAAAACCCAAGGAAAAAAACACCGCAAAGUGCUAGAAAAUGUGCCGGGUGUAAGAGAGUUUCGAAAGAAAACACGAAGAGCAUAAUUAACUGAAGAAUCGGGGGGGAUAUAUAUAAAAAAAAAAGAAAAGAAAAUCUGGCUUGAAGUAGAGGGAGCACAAAAGCCGAAAAUAUGUGCGCAGACUUUCCUUUGGCCAGCCAUUGGAAUUGAUUUUCUUUUUCGUUUCUUUCCCCAAAACAAAAAAAAAAAAAAUAAACCCCCGGUGUGAUAACUAUCCCUCCACCUCCUCCUCCACCCCUCAAUCUUUUUCUGGUGCCUCCACGAGAACAAAAAUAAAACGCCAAAAUGAUCUACUACUAUAUGCUUGUACUUCUGCUGCCCGUUGUCCUGGCCCAGGAUCAGCAACAACAUACCACAGAAUCCCUGUCGACAAAGCACCAGAAACAGCAGCUAUCCCAUUCGAAUGCGAUAAUGGGUGAGGCCGGUGUCUCCAACUCACAGCUGAUGCAGCCCUCGAGUCCGGCGAGAACUCUGCGUCCUUUGACCGCAGGCGGUGAUGGUGACCCAUCGCUGUACGAUGCACCCGAUGAUUGCCAUUUUAUGCCAGCCGCUGGCCUGGAUCAGCCAGAGAUUGCCUUAACCUGCAACCUGAGAACCGUGAACAGUGAAUUCGACACUACGAACUUUAGUGUUAUUCCUGCCGAGCACACGGUCGCCCUGCACAUUUUGUGCAAUGAUGAAAUCAUGGCCAAAAGUCGCUUGGAGGCUCAAUCCUUUGCCCAUUUGGCCAGGCUCCAGCAACUGUCCAUACAAUAUUGCAAACUGGGACGAUUGGGUCGUCAGGUUUUGGAUGGUCUGGAGCAGCUGAGGAAUCUGACUUUGAGGACCCACAACAUCCUGUGGCCUGCCUUGAAUUUUGAAAUAGAAGCAGAUGCCUUCUCGGUUACCCGCAGACUGGAGCGACUGGACUUGAGUUCGAAUAACAUCUGGUCUCUGCCCGAUAAUAUAUUCUGCACUCUGUCAGAGCUGUCUGCCCUGAAUAUGAGUGAGAAUCGCCUGCAGGAUGUCAACGAGCUGGGCUUCCGGGAUCGAAGCAAGGAGCCAGGAGUCAGUGGUUCUACCGAAUCUACUUCCACAACCGAAACGGCCAAGAAAACCAGCAGUUCCAGCAGCACUAGCAGCUGUUCCCUGGAUUUGGAAUAUCUGGAUGUGAGCCACAAUGAUUUUGUGGUCCUGCCAGCCAAUGGUUUUGGCACUCUAAGGAGGCUGCGAGUCCUGUCGGUGAACAACAAUGGCAUCUCCAUGAUUGCUGACAAGGCUCUCAGUGGUCUAAAGAACCUGCAGGUUCUCAAUCUGAGUUCCAAUAAAAUUGUUGCCCUGCCCACAGAGCUGUUUGCCGAGCAAGCCAAGGUUAUCCAAGAGGUUUAUCUGCAAAAUAACUCCAUAAGUGUCCUGAAUCCUCAACUCUUUUCGAAUCUGGAUCAGCUACAGGCUCUGGAUCUGUCCAUGAACCAAAUAACCUCCACCUGGAUCGAUAAGAACACCUUUGUGGGUCUGAUUCGUUUGGUCCUCCUAAAUUUGUCACACAACAAGUUGACCAAAUUGGAACCAGAAAUCUUCAGCGAUUUGUAUACCCUGCAGAUUCUGAAUCUGCGUCAUAAUCAGCUGGAGAAUAUAGCAGCCGAUACUUUUGCGCCAAUGAAUAAUCUUCAUACGUUGCUGCUGUCCCACAACAAACUGAAGUAUCUGGAUGCAUAUGCUCUGAAUGGAUUGUAUGUCCUGUCGCUACUUUCGCUGGACAAUAAUGCCUUGAUUGGCGUACAUCCGGAUGCCUUCCGUAACUGCAGUGCCCUGCAUGACCUUAAUUUGAAUGGUAAUCAGUUGAAGACGAUUCCGUUGGCCCUGAGGAAUAUGCGUCAUCUGAGGACGGUGGAUUUGGGCGAGAAUAUGAUUACCAUGAUGGAGGAUAGUGCAUUCAAGGGUCUGGGAAAUCUUUAUGGUCUUCGUUUGAUUGGCAACUAUCUGGAGAAUAUUACGAUGCAUACUUUUAGGGAUCUGCCUAGUUUGCAAAUUCUGAAUUUGGCCAGAAAUCGCAUUGCAGUUGUAGAACCAGGAGCCUUCGAGAUGACCUCUAGCAUCCAAGCUGUUCGUUUGGAUGGCAAUGAGUUGAGUGACAUCAAUGGACUUUUUAGCAAUAUGCCCUCACUUCUAUGGCUGAAUAUCUCCGAUAAUCGUCUGGAAUCCUUUGAUUAUGGUCAUGUUCCAUCUACUCUGCAAUGGCUGGAUCUGCACAAGAAUCGUUUGGGUUCUUUGUCGAAUAGAUUUGGCUUGGAUGCUGAGCUGAGACUGCAAACUCUGGAUGUGAGCUUCAACCAACUUCAGCGCAUUGGACCAAAUUCCAUACCAAACUCCAUAGAGCUGUUGUUCCUGAAUGAUAACCUGAUAACCACCGUGGAUCCAGAUACUUUUAUGCAUAAAACCAAUUUGACGAGAGUGGAUCUCUAUGCCAAUCAAAUAACUACACUGGAUAUCAAGUCCUUGAGGAUUCUGCCUGUUUGGGAACAUCGGGCAUUGCCAGAGUUUUAUAUCGGUGGAAAUCCCUUUACCUGCGACUGCAACAUCGAUUGGCUGCAAAAGAUUAACCACAUAACAUCUAGGCAAUAUCCCAGGAUUAUGGAUCUGGAGACCAUAUACUGCAAGUUGCUGAACAACAGGGAGAGGGCCUACAUUCCUUUGAUCGAAGCUGAGCCCAAGCACUUUCUGUGCACCUAUAAAACCCAUUGUUUUGCCGUUUGUCAUUGCUGUGAGUUCGAUGCCUGUGACUGUGAGAUGACCUGCCCCACGAACUGCACCUGUUUCCAUGACCAAACCUGGUCCACCAAUAUUGUCGAGUGCUCGGGAGCUGCUUAUUCGGAGAUGCCGCGACGUGUACCCAUGGACACCACUGAGUUGUAUAUCGAUGGGAAUAACUUUGUAGAGCUGGCAGGACAUUCGUUCUUGGGUCGCAAGAAUCUGGCUGUUUUGUAUGCCAACAACUCGAAUGUGGCCCAUAUAUAUAAUACCACGUUUAGUGGCCUGAAACGCCUGUUGAUACUGCACCUGGAGGAUAAUCAUAUAAUCAGUUUGGAGGGCAACGAAUUCCAUAACCUAGAGAAUCUACGAGAGCUCUAUCUGCAAUCCAAUAGGAUAGCCAGCAUAGCCAAUGGAAGUUUUCAAAUGCUGAGAAAGUUGGAAGUCCUGCGACUGGAUGGCAAUCGUUUGAUGCACUUUGAGGUAUGGCAGCUGAGUGCUAAUCCCUAUCUGGUGGAAAUCAGUUUGGCUGACAACCAAUGGAGCUGUGAGUGUGGUUACUUGGCAAGGUUCAGGAACUACCUGGGUCAAAGUUCAGAGAAGAUUAUCGAUGCAUCACGUGUUAGCUGUAUCUACAAUAAUGCCACUAGUGUUUUGAGAGAGAAAAAUGGUACUAAAUGUACUUUACGUGAUGGCGUGGCCCACUAUAUGCACACCAAUGAGAUCGAGGGACUGCUUCCUUUGCUCCUGGUUGCCACCUGUGCCUUUAUCGCCUUCUUUGGCCUGAUUUUCGGUCUCUUCUGCUAUCGUCAUGAGCUGAAAAUGUGGGCUCAUUCCACCAAUUGCCUGAUGAACUUCUGCUACAAGUCACCGCGUUUUGUGGACCAACUGGACAAGGAGCGACCCAACGAUGCCUAUUUCGCUUAUAGCCUGCAAGAUGAGCACUUUGUCAACCAAAUUCUGGCCCAAACUCUAGAGAAUGACAUUGGCUAUAGACUGUGCCUGCACUAUAGGGAUGUGAACAUCAAUGCCUAUAUCACAGAUGCCCUGAUAGAGGCCGCCGAAAGUGCCAAACAGUUUGUGUUGGUGCUGUCCAAGAAUUUCCUGUACAACGAAUGGAGUCGCUUCGAGUACAAGAGUGCCCUGCACGAGCUGGUGAAGCGUAGGAAACGGGUGGUGUUCAUCCUGUAUGGAGAUCUGCCUCAACGUGAUAUCGACAUGGAUAUGCGGCAUUAUCUGAGGACGAGCACCUGCAUCGAAUGGGAUGACAAGAAGUUCUGGCAAAAGCUGCGACUGGCAUUGCCCCUGCCAAAUGGUCGGGGUAAUAACAAUAAGCGUGUGGUAUCCGGUUGUCUAUCGGCCCGUACACCAUCGGUGAAUAUGUACGCCACGAGUCAUGAGUAUCAGGCUGGGAAUGGUGGGGUUAUACCGCCACCCAGUGCCCAUUAUGCCGACUGUGGCAGCAACAAUUAUGCCACAAUCAACGAAUGUGGUGCCACUGGCGGUGGUGGGCGAGGAUAUAAACCCAUACCGACUUCAGCAUCAGCGGCAGCUGCAGCUUGUAAAUUCAACACCAUGAAUCAGUUGUCCAAGAAACAGCAACGUGAUCUCAGUGGCAUUGGAAUGGCCAAGACUUUGGAGCACCAGCAUCAUCAUCAUAACCAUCAGGCCAAUCGUAGGAGUCAACAUGAGUACGCUGUCCCCACUUAUUUGGCAAGUGCUCCGGCCUACGACAGUGUGGAUUAUGCCAAGCAGCAAAUUCGGAAUAAUGCCAACUGCGAGUGCGUUAAUCUGGGCACUGGUAAGAGGACUCAAGUUAAGAAUCCCGUCUCGGGUUUGCCCUCUAGCUUCAGUUCGAACUUUGUGCCGCCACCCGGAGGUGCCUCGUAUAAUUGCAAAAAGUCUUGCAAUUGCAUUGGCGAUGAGGAUUUGCUAUGCAGCUGCGGUGGAGGCGGUGGUGUCAAUCUACUGGAAAGUGGCACCCAGAGCAGUGUUACCAUGAGCAGCAGCAGCAAUAAUAGCCGCCAGCCAGAACUCACCCAUUAUGAGUCAAAUUUGAGCCUGAAUGAUGACGAUGAGGAUGAGGAUCAGGAUCAGCAGAAGAACUUGUGGGCGUAACGGGGUUAAGUUUUUUGGGGGGGGGAAGCAAAAAACAACAACAACAGCAGGAGACAAACUGCGUAACCAGUGAAUUUAUAAAAACUUAAAGAAAACUCUAAAACUAAAACUUAAACUUAAACUAUAAAUUUAAAAAGGAAAGAAAAAUAUAAGAAAAGUGGCAGACAGUUAGCAUACUUUUUGGGAUGGUUCAAACAGACUGAUACUUUUAGUUCUUUAAAUAAAUUAAAACUUAUAAUACCCUGUAAAUAGAGCCAGGAAUUAAAAUGAGAUUUCAAUAAUUUAACAACCAUUGUAAAAAAAAUGACACACAAAAAACGGUUUUUAUCUAAGGGCCUGUACAUAAUUAUAAAUAUAAUAAAAAUAUUUAAUUUAUUUAAUAUUACAUAGCUAACAAGAAUAUAAGAAAAAAAACAAUGUUGAAU